AUGGGUGGACUAGUGUGGUUCUUAGUGAUGUGCGCCGGCAUAGUCGCCGCCGACAGGAAAAUGACCAUCGCCGAGAAACUUAGAGAAGACGCGGACUUGUCACAGUUCCUGGCCCUGCUGGAACGGAAUGCGGUGGCCAAUACAAGCCUUCAGUACCGCCAGCUCACCAUGUUUGCGCCCACCAACGAGGCCUUCCAGCGGUAUAACGGCGAAAUGGACGACUCUCUCGUGCUCUAUCACAUAUCGAAUCUGGCAACGACUCUAUCGAAUUUAGACUACGCGAUAUCCUCGGAGUUCGACGGCAAUCCGCCAUUGUGGGUGACGAGGAGGCGCGACACGAUGCACGAUGACAUUUACGUCAACAACGCCAAGGUCUACGUGUCCCGGUCUUACCAGGCUAUGAAUAGGAAUGGGAAACGACAGGUUCUUCAUGUGAUAGACCAAGUUCUGCAGCCUCUCCAGCCCCAUGGACCAGGAGCAAGCACCAGUAUGGUCUACAACCCCAAUGCAUAUCAGUUCCUCGAGCACUCCGACGAGUUCAAUAUCGGCCAGCACAGGCUGAGGUCAUUCCGACAGAAAGUGAAUCAACUUCAAAAGAAGGAAGUAUUCAAUGCUGACGGCAGACAUACAUUUUUCAUUCCUGUCGAUGAGGGCUUCAAGCCGACGACCAGAUCUGACUUAAUAGAUGAAAAAGUCGUCGAUGGACACGUCAUACCUCAUCACGUCCUUUUCACGAAGGCAACUCCUGAUACGAAAGAGUUCGAGACGCUAGCUUUCGGUGAUAACGUCAAGGUCAUAGUUUCAUUCAGCACUGCCAUGAAUGGUAGAGAAGAAAUUACCUACGUGAAAUCAAAUACUGUUGCUGGUGACGCCAAGCAUAGUAGAGGAGUCGUGUUGGCUGACAUCGUGAAAGCCAACAUCCCAGUGAAGAAUGGAGUAGUCCACCUAAUCCAACGACCGCUGAUGGUGGUGGACACCACCGUGAUUGACUUCCUGAAGGAAAAGGAUGACGGGCCUUUAUGCAAGUUUUACGAAGUGAUCAUGGAUUUGGGCGCCAACAACCAGUUCUUGAAGGAACUUACCAUGGCCAAGGACAUAACCCUAUUCGCGCCCUCUAACGAAGCAUGGAAAGAAAACAGUGUUCAGAACAUCAUAAGAAACAGUCAAAAGCUCAAGGAAAUCCUUAAUCUGCAUCUCGUUAGAGAAAGAUUACCCAUGGACGCUAUUAUUCACAAUAACUUGAAUCAGAUAUAUCAAGCACCAACAGCCUUGCCUCGGAAAUAUUUGUAUUUCAACGUGCUGACCAAAGGCAACAACCAAACUCUCACGGUAGAGGGCGGCGGAGUCAACGCUACGGUCAUCCAGCCAAAUAUCGCUGCCACCAAUGGCUUUGUCCACAUCAUCGACAGAGUUCUGGGAGUUCCUUAUACCACUGUGUUUGAAAAGCUCAAGACCGAUCCGAUGCUCAACAUUACGUACAAUCUCGGGAGACGGCAGAUGUUCAAUCACCAGUUCAGCGAAAUGGAACACCGCUACACGUACUUCGUGCCGCGUGACCACGCCUGGCUCAAGUUUCAGAUCAAGCAUCCCUCCGCGUUUAAGGCUUUGUUCAAAGAAGAUUAUGGCUAUUUCACUAAGCAAAUACUAGAGAGACACGUUAUCAGAGCCGGGCGCGCGUACACUGUAUCUGAUUUGAAACUGCUCGCGAACGAAACACAUCCCUUCGUUCUGCCUACAUCACGCGAUCCACUCCGGCUUCGCGUCAAGGAAUCUGAUAAAAAUUACUACGUAGAAUGGAACGGACACUGGAUUCACGUGUUCAGGCCCGACGUGGAAUGCACCAACGGCAUCAUUCACGUGAUUGACGAGCCGUUUGUGCUAGAGAGCGACAUUCGAGCCACCGGCAGUGCGGAAAAACUGCGCGUAGCAUACACAUUCGUCUUGCUUGCCAUCUCGACUGUGUUCGCCAGGAUUUUAGAAAAUUAAUAUUUAUUUGAAACGCCACUAGGUUUUGAAUGCUUUGGAAAUAACCGUUUUGGUACUGCAUUUUGACGAUUUUUACCAUUUUGUAUAAACCAACGGGUCAUCUUGAUACUUUGCGAUACUUUGAUGAUUUUAUAACUAGUGCAGUGGCAUAGUUUUAUUGAAGUGGUUACCAUUGUCGGUCAUAGAAUGAUUGACGUUGAUGUUUGUAACGUCCAUCAAAACUAAAUAUUAGAAAUAACGUGACUUGAUUUUUGAAUUCAUAAAGAUAUUUAAAUGCAAACACUGCCAAUUUUGGAUAUACCGUUAAAUGUGAAGAAUAUAAUGUGUAAUGAAAAUGUAGUUGUAGAGUUGGAAUACAAUAAAAUUUUGAUUAAAAAUACCCAAUGAUAAUAACGACGUUGGUCAUUAAAACAAGAGGCAAAUACUUUUAAAAAAGUUUCAUAAUGACGAUAUAUUUGGCGGUAAAUCUACGAGACAAUAUCUAUUAUUAUUAUUAUUCUAUAAAUGUUUCUCGUGUAUCACCUAUUACAUAAAUAGUUAUACAAUACUAAAACAAUUUAUUAUUCAAAAUUAUAUUUUGACCCUCUGGGCCCGUUGUGCCUUCUUUUGAAAUAUGAUUAAAAGUAUGUUUAUGUAUGUGAUGUUUGAUAAAAUAAUUAUUUAAAGUAAAAUAAGUUUGACCAUUGCUUAACUGAUGGAGAAAAAAAAUAUUUCUUAGAAUGAUAAUUUUUAUACAUUCCACGUUGUAUUUUAGACUUAUAUUUAUAACAAAAUAUUUAUUUGAUGUUACCGAUCGGAGAUAUGUUUUUCUCUAUAUUUAUAUUUAUAUCUAUAUCUAUAACAAUAAAGUUUUGAAAUGAUGUUGACUGAAAAAUGUAUUCUAUCAAAAUUGAGUAUUCGGAUGAGUGGUAAUAAUAAUCCCUUUGUAUAAUCGUAUACACGUUACGGGUAGAAGCACCCUCUAUAUACCUAUGAUUCCGAUUGUUAAAUAUAACAAGUAUAAUUAUUCCAAAUAUCAGAGUUCGCUGUCGAUAUAAUGAGUUAAUUGUAUAAUAAGGGUCAAAAUUGUUUGAAUAUGCUUACUUUGUAAGUCCUUGAUUAGUUAAGUGUCUUUUAUUUAUUAUAGGUGAGGUAACACCGAGGAUAUCAAACGUUUAAUUGAUAUCUGCAAUAAUUAAGACGUGUCGCUCUUCAUCGUGCGAAGUUAAUGGUUUUUAAUGUAUAUAGGGAUGAAUGUGCUGUGCAUUUUGCAGUCUCUUUCGUUGUAUAAGCAGUUGUAAAUAAUUUGUGUAAGAUAAUUACAUUAUGAUACAAGUGUGCUAUGGUUAUCACAGUUGUGGGGAUUUCAGUCUAGAGCUUAGAGAGGGUAAUAAACCAGAGAGUAUAAUAACCAUCUCAUGUACGUUUCAUACUACAUUUCUCAACACACUUGCGAAAAUGAAUAUUAUGAUUUUCACUUAUUAUUUUUCACAGUGAUUGUUUUUUGUUUUAAUUAUUUUUGAAAUGUUUUAAGAGUUUUAAGCAUACGCUUAAUAGUUUCAUAUUGACACUUUUAUUUAAACAAGUGCGAGAAUUAUAGAUAGGCUUAAAACUGCUUAAUUGAAAAUUGCAAUAUGAGUCAUUUCACAAGCAAGUGUGUUGAAAAUAGUUCAUUAAUAUAAUUUAUAGUAGCUAUUAAUUACAUGUGACUGAAAUGUUAUUAAAAUAUAAAUAUCAGGUAAUCAUGAGGUAACUUUUGAAUGAUUUCAGUUUCACCAUUCAAAAAUUAAUAAAUAUGCUGCUUUUGAUUUAUUAAAAAAUAAGUAUUAGACUCGUAUAUGAUAAAGUUUUUCUAUAAAUGUAAACUGUUUACACAAUUUUUGGGUAAUUUAUGAAGUGAAUUUUUAUUGAUUUUACAUAAAAUUUAGAAAAACAUGUUGAAAAUUUACUGGAAGCAGCCUAUCUAUUUACAUAAAUCCAUAAAAUAAACUAUUAUUCGUUGGAGUAAUAUAUACCAAGGCUAUAUCAUAGUAAUCUAUCGCUUUUGCAAGUUUGUAGAAAUAUAAACACAUACAAUUCUGAGUGUUAAGCCAAAGCUAUCUAUUAUGCUGUUUCAGCUGAUAUCAUGUAAGGUUAUUACAACAAUAGAGGGUUAAGCGUAGAACAAUAAAUAUUAGAAUUUUCAUUGAAUUUACCACAUAAUAUGAAAAAUGGAAUUUUUGAAUUAAUACUACUACUAUGAAUGGAAUACAGUAGUUAAAGACAAUAUAAUUUUGACCAAAUAUUAAACCAAAUAU